UUUCUCUCCUUCUCCCCACUGCUUCUUCGCUGCCCCUCCCCGGCAUCUCGCUACGGUUUCUUCGACUCUGCGUGUCUGAAAAGCGCUUCUCGGUUCCAAAGAGGCGACCGUCGGCUUUCUCGUUCUUUGAAAACCUCUGUUUCUCGAUUUCUCUGGUUCUGCACUUGGAAAGACAUUUCUUCUUUCUGUUCCGUUGUGCGUCCAGUUUCAAGACAAGCCGAAGACUUUCUUUUCUCUCGCCUCCCCAGUCUCGUCUUUGUUGCCUCUCUCUCCCUCUUCUUCCCCUUUCUUCAGUUCUCCGUUUAUAUUCCCCUGCGCCUGUGCCGUUCUCUCGUAAUUACCUCCCCUUUGUCUUUUCCUCGCGUUCUUUCUUCUUCUUCGUGUGCCUUCGUUGUCGUCUCUCUCGCCGCGUCAGUAAAACGGUUCUUCCGGUUUCCUCGCUUCGCCGUUUCCCUCGAGAACGACACAGAGUGAAGAGCCAGUUCGUCGAUCUACGGGUGUGGCGUACCCUCUGUCUCUCCGUCGCUUUCCCCUUGUUUCUGGUCUUCUCGCCUUCGCUGCUGUUUCGAGUUCUCGGUUUCUCGCUUUCCUCUCUCUUUCGCAGCCUCUCCAUUUUCCAAUUUCUCUCUCUCCUGCAACCGCCAAGGCGGCAGUCUUUCGCGCUCUGUCGAGGCCAGAGGAGCCCACAUAUGAGGGCAGUCUAGAACGAGGCCAACAGGGACUGCACGACAAAUCCCGCGACGGAAGAACAAAAAACAAAGGACAAGAAGCAUUUCGCGACAAGAGCAAGAUGACACAGUCCAUGCUGGACAUGAGCCUAGACGACAUCGUCGCUGCUCAUCGCGAGGCAGCAGGCAACUCGUCAGGCCGAGGCAGCCGCGGCCGCGGAGGCGGCUUUGGCAGUCGACGCGGAUCUCUGCGAGGGCCCCCCGGAGGAAAUUCAGGAUUUCUGUCUCGCGGCAGAGGUCGGGGGUUCUCGUCUUGGACGAGCCAAGACCACUGGGAAGGUCGAUCGCAUGCGUUCUUCCCUCGGCGCUCUGCGGCCUCCCCCUUCUUCUCCGACAGAGGCGAGGGCCGCGUAGGUCCUGCCCGACGCGGAGGCAGAGACGGUUUUGCGAGGGAGAGGCCUCGAGAGCCGACGGCCGUGGUGCGAGUGAGCAAUCUGGACUACAGCGUUCUCGAAGAAGAUUUGAAGGAACUCUUCGCCGCCGUCGGCGAAGUCGUCAAGGUCUGGAUCGACUACGACCGCACCGACAGAUCGAAGGGCACUGGAGGCUGCAUUUUUCGGAGCGUCUUCGACGCCAAGCGAGCGAUCGAGGUGUACGAAGGUCGGAGGCUGGAAGGCUUGCCUCUGCGGCUGGAGUUGCAGCCGCCGCGUCAGGAGUAUCGACGUUCCCCCUUUGGUCCUUACAGCCAAGACUUCUCGCGCAGAGACAGAGGUCCGUGGAGAGGCGUUCAAGACGUCGAACUAUGGUGAACGCGGAACGUCGAGGAAAGCGGCGAGAAAGUCUCGUGGGCAAGUGGACGAAGACUGGAGCACAAAAGAGGAACAUGUCGCCUCUCUGGUUCCGCGCGUCUCUCCGCCGUGGACGAGAACAGCAAGUGUCUGUACAGAACUCUGCAGAAACAUGUCUGUCUUCACAGGCGAGAAACAACCAACUCACAAAAAUGAGGAGAAAGUUGACACCUCGGGGAUGUCGUGUGGGUCCUUCCUUCAAGGUCGGGGAGGCUGAGGCGAGAAGAGGCGGUCUCUGCAUGCGUUUUCGCGCGGCUGGCUGAGAAAACGAAACCUCCUCGUGACAAUCGACCAGCGUGGAUUGACGCGUAGAGAGACAUAACACGCACUUGACUGCCCGUGCAUCGAUACACCUUUUGGCAGUGAACGCUGUCUCCGCGGACGCAUGCAGAAAAUAAGUACGGUUUAAACGUUUUCAAAUGGGUCAACAUGGUGCCAGUCCUCGUCAGUCGCCAUGCCAACAGCUUGUCGUUUCCUGCACCCAUGCCUAUAAUAUCUCAGUCUGAAUUGAUCCUAUAUACACAUAUAUACAUAUAUAUAUAUAUAUAUAUAUAUAUAUGCAUAAGCAGAUCGAUCGCAACGGACAGAAUAUGCGAUUCGUUUUCUCUUUGUUCGCUUCUACCUACAUGCAUAUAUCCAUAUAUAUAUGUAUAUAUAUAUAUAUGUAUAUAUAUAUAUAUAUUGCGUUUAUGAGCGUGGUGAGGGCAUAUGCGCUUGCUUGACUGAAGGGAGAGGGGAAAAGGGACGGGCAAAGGCAUGGGACGCGUUGAGUGAGGAGAGAAGCUGCGAGAGUCGGAGCAGCUCAGGAUGAACAAGAUGACAGAACUCUGGAAUAGGAGAGAAAGGACCGCUUUGAAAACAGGAAGUGGCUCGGAAGAAGGGUUUUCUCCACGGAAACCGCUUUAGAGAAUGCGAGACCAGCUGGUCAACAGCGGAGCCGUCGAGUGUCUUGCUGGGGGCUCUGCAUGCGUGUUGGUGCGUGUGAAAAGUGCCUCUCUAAAUUGUUUUGCGUGUACAAUGUUUCCCCUCUUUUUUUGGACUUGGUGCAGUUCCUGUUUUUAAAAGGAUUGCAUUUCCGGGGACACCUAGUGUGGCGACAAGUUGUGUCGCUCGGGGCCUUUCCUUUUUUAUUGGCGCAUCGCCCAGACAUAGAGGUCGCUUCUGCUGACUGCGUCGUACCCUACAGUCUUCCUAAAACUUCCUUUCGCCAACGAACAAGUUCAAAUGAAUCUUCCUUUCCCC